GCGAAGUGGUAGGGUAUUUUUUUAGUCGUUUCGUUAUCCGUUGUGUCGCUCGUGUUCCAUCGGCGGCCACUAUCCAGAGUUAAAAAUCUUCUUUUCUUCUUCUUCCAAUCUCAAAACUAUCGUUCGAUUUGGAAAAGUGAGAUCUUAGGUAGGGAAUUCAUUCGCGAAGAUGACGACACCAAGCACCGGGAAGCAAGCUCCGGUUACCGGAAAAGAAGAAGGCGAGCUCUCCACCUCCGAAGACGAGGUACAGCCAAUGCAAACAAGAACGGGAGCUCCUCUUACCGAGCAUGCAUCAGUUCCUUCAGUAAACACGAAUAUCCAAAGGCGUCAAGCUGGAGGAAACGGUGGAUCUUUAGCUAAACCUGCUGAUGCUACACCGUUGAAGCGGACCUACCCUGGAGGCCGAAUAAUUGAGACGAAGCAAGCGGUGUCUAAUGCUGCCAUUCAUGGGAAGAAGUUUCCUGUAAGGGGCAGCAACAGCAACCUUGUGAUAAACUUCUCGGCUGAUGAUAGUGGGAGUGAAUCUGAUAGUAAAGGACCGACACAGACAUCAAAGAUUCAACCGAAAGGAGCCAUGACUGGGAAUAGAAACCCGUCUACAUUAUUACAAACAAAAUUGCAAGGACCAAGACAAGUUGGUAACACAGCAGUAACAAAGAAGGCAUCGUUUACUAGCACCUUCACUCAUGCCGCGGCCUCCAAAGUUUCCAACAUUUCACUUGCCAAGGAAAUGAAAUCCAAGAAAAAUAUCUAUACCUAUGAAAGGAAGGUUAGCAAAGAUGCACCUCGUCCUGAACAGAUUGUGGGGACCAAUAGCAACAAAGUUCAUGAUUUGAGGCAGCAGAUUGCACGACGGGAAAGUGAGCUGAAACUGAAGGCAGCACAGCCAAAGAAGGAUGCUGUUAACCCAAAAAUCAGUCCAACAAAGAGACUCAGUAUGGUUUCUGAUGAUGGUAAACAGCUAGAAUCAAAUGAACCUGCCAAGAAGCGCGUAAGAAUUAGUGGAAAUGACCCAAGCCAGCCUGGUAUUGAUUACAGAGUCCCAGCAUCUACUGGUGCAUCAACGAAAGCGCCAGGCAUCAGUAACAAUCUACUGCCAGGUAUCAAUCCAAAUGCUACUUGCAAAGACCUUGGUAGUAACAGUGGUGGGAUUGUUCCGCCUGUUAUUUCUCAGCAUAUUGUAGAAGGAAAUACAAGCUCAAGUGUCUUACAAAUAAGCGCAAGCAAACCAAUUCAUGACGAAGGUGUAAGACGUGGCCCGACAGAACAUCCUGUUCAUAGAACUUCGAGAGAACUGGAAACAGUGAAAAAUGUUGAUAGCAGCGUGUCUAGUGACCAGUUGCUCAAAAUAGUCAAUGGACACCAUCAGCCUUCUUCGAACAAUUAUGGCCUCUGGAACAUCCCGGGAAAUACAACUGCUCCUGGACAUAGUCAACUGGAUAUGCUAUCUUUGACGAACCUAGAGGAAUCUCUUGACAGAGAUUUGGAGGAAGCACAAGAACGUAAACGCCUUUGUGAAAUUGAAGAAAGAAAUGCUCUCAAGGUUUAUAGAAAGGCACAAAGAUCUUUGAUCGAAGCAAAUGCCAGAUGUGCUCAACUUUACAGUAAGAGAGAAAGUUUAUCUGCUCACUAUGGAUCUCUCAUUGUCCGCGACACCGGAUUGUUAUGGCCUUCUGCACAUCGAGAGCACCCCGAAACUGGGUUUCACUUCUUGAAUAAUGGCACUGAAAACAUUGAUUUGGCAGCCAAAGCUGACAUCCCUCAGCAUACCCAGCUAGAAAGUAACCACAGAUAUAACAAUGAGUAUGGUGGCAGUCAUCCUCUACCUCGUUCCCCAAGUGGUCAGAAUAUGGGUUCAGAACAGUGCAGUGAUCUUGAUGCUAGUACCUCGGAUGGAUUGCGUUGCAGUAACAAGCAAAUUGCAACUAGACUAUGCUCCCCGUCAAGUGAUACAAACAUUUUGCCAGAUGACGAGUCAUUUCCAGUGGACCAUGAAUCUACCGAGGGGAACCUUGGACACCAAGCAGAAAAUCUUGAGCAAACACUAGGCAAUCAGGAAUCUUUGCUUAUCGAAGCAUCAUUAAGAUCUAAAUUAUUUGAGCGUCUAGGUACCAGGGGAGAAUCCAGAGGUGGCACAUGUUCCAAUGGAGAGACUGUGAUAGACAGAGGGGAUGAAAGUGAUGUUGCAAGUGAACGAACCCAGAGAGAUGGCAGUAGUCCCGUCUCAGAAAACAAUCAGCAUAAUGAUUCUAGAGAGCCAGGCGCCAAUAUACUGCAAGGAAAUCCCUCUGAACCACCAAUUGAACAGCACGCCAUCAAGGAAAAUUCGCUGAAUUUUCAACCAUCUAUAGAGAUGGAGUCCCAUAGGACUUCACCAGAGGAUGACAUUUUAUCAUCUGUGACUUUGUCAGGCCCUUUAUUUCGGAGCACAAUUAAUCAUCUAAAGGCCCCUGGGUCUUCCAUUACGUCUCUGGGACCAGAAUAUACACUUCAAGACAAGUCAUAUAGCCUAUACAGCGAUGAUAGACAAUGUAGCAGCGUGACAAAAACUCCAGUAUAUGGGGGGAAAAAUGGCUUAUACACCUCCAAUUUGAAGAUGGACCCUUUUCGGCCUCUCUGCAUGUACGAGCUACGUGGAAGGUGCAAUAAUGACGAAUGUUCUUGGCAACAUUUCAAUGAUUUCUCUGAUGACAGUUUGCAUCAAAGUCUAAAUGAUCUUCCUGAUGGUAAUGUGGGGUCAAGCUUACAUCAGAAGAAACAUAAUACUUCCAGAGGAUCCCAGAUUUCUGACGUGGGGCCUUCACCAACUUAUCUUGUCUGCUUGGAUACGAUGAAGGUUGAUUCGUGGUCUUACGAGUCUGCUCUGGCUCAAAGACAUGGGCAGAUAUGGUGGAAGCACUUUAGUGUUUGCCUGGCCUCUUCGAACUCGCUUCGCAAGAAUAUACCCGCAAGGGAAAAUGAAGGUCGAAUUGAGGUCCUAGGAAACCCAAGAACACACUCGUCAUACUUCAGGAUUAAACAUAGCAUGAUGCAACUCCUUAAACAAGGUUCAGAUGCUGCUGUUGAUUCCAUGGAAACGGCUCUUAUUAUUUUCUUUCGGGAAGUUGACCAGUCUGAAGGCUUGAUACAGGCAAUGUUGUUUGAUUCCUGUCAAUACUGUGUGGCCCUUUCUGUUCUUUCACGAUGUCUUGAAGGUGAUCCAACUUCUGAGAUUCUUUGGAUUGUUUAUCUCCUGAUCUACUAUACAUAUGAAGGAUCAGAUGGGAGAGACAUGUUUUCUUAUGGGGUCAAACUAUGUAGCGGAUCAUACGUAAUAUGGCUUAUGUACAUCAACAGUCGAGGACAACUUAACGAUCAACUAAUUGCCUAUGAUGCUGCCCUCUCGGCGCUCUGCAAGCAUGCAUCUGGGUCCAUCGACAAGAAUCAUGCCAGCGCGUGCAUUUUAGAUCUUUUGUUGCAGAUGUUCAACCUUUUGUGCAUUUCUGGGAAUGUUUCAAAGGCAAUCCAGAGAAUAUCCAAGCUUCAGGCUCCAGCAGCAGUUUCUGAUGACCCUGACUUUUCAAUGAUGUCUCACAUUCUGACAUGCUUAACAUAUUCUGACAAAUGUGUGUUCUGGAUUUGUUGUGUGUACUUAGUUAUUUACAGGAAGCUGCCUGGCUCCAUUGUCCAACGACUUGAGAUGGAGAAGGAAAUACUAGAAAUAGAAUGGCCUUCAGCCAAUUUGGCAGGCGAUCUGAAGGAGAUGGCUCUCAGACUAUUUGAUAAAGGGAUGCAUUCAGAAGAACUUUGCACUAGCAAUGAGUCGUCGGAAAAUGGAUUACAAGAGCGAACUGCUGGGCUAUUCGCUCUGAACCACGCCUUGUUUAUGAUUGCACUUGAUGAGUUAGAAAAAUGUAGGGACAUUGUGAAGGCAUCAGUCGAACUCUACCCAGCUUGCUUAGAGCUGAAACUGUUAGCAGCUAGGAUGAAACCAAAUGAGCCAAAGGAAACAUUCUCAUCUGGGUUUGAAAAGCUUCUCAAGCAGAAACCAGAAGAGGCCUCAGGCAUACAAUGCAUUUGGAAUCAGUACGCUGAAUGUGCUUUGCAAGGAGGAAACCACAACUCGGCAAGGGAACUCAUGUCCCGUUGGUAUGUGUCUGUAUGGGAUGUAUUGUCCCGUAAAAGCAAGACAGUAGUGGCUAAUGAAGAAGGUGGUGAUGACAUAUUUCUGAAAUCAGCUUUAUCAGAUCUGAAUGUUGCAUCGGAUCAGGUGGAUGAGAUGUUUGGAUAUCUUAAUCUCUCUCUCCAUAAUCUACUGCAAAGUGACUGGACCGGUGCUUGCUCGGCCAUAGACCAAGCACUGAAAGCUACAGCUCCUGAGCAUUUUAUGCACUGUCUGAGAGAACAUGCUGUGUUUCAGCUAAUCAACGAGUUGAAAGCAACGGGUGAGUUUCCAAUCAACCUACAAUUGAGAUUACUCAACUCUUAUCUGGAUCGAACAAGUGCUUUACCUGUGAAAGAGCCACUAUCUUGGAAAUUCAUAAGCAACAGCGCUGAGAAACCAAGAGUGAGGAAGCUAGUUACUAACCUUCUUGCUCCAGUUUCAUCUGAACUCGUAGUGGUAAAUGCGGUUCUUGAAGCAUGGCACGGACCAUCUCUUGUACCCGAGAAGCUGAGCAAGCAAAAGGAACUUGUGGAUUUUGUGGAAACAAUCUUAGGGCUGGUUCCUUGCAAUUACCCUCUAGCUUUGUCUGUGAGUAAGCUGUUAAAGAAAGAAGAGACACCUUCGGGUAUUCAUUUCUGGGCAGGUCUAAAUCUGGUGAGUACAAUUUAUUGUGCUAUGCCAGUAGCUCCCGAGUAUAUAUGGGUAGAGGCUGGAGAGAUACUGAGCAGUAUCAAUGGUUUCAAGACAAGAGAUGAGAGAUUCUUGAGUAAAGCCUUGUCUGUGUAUCCAAUGUCUGUGAAGCUAUGGAGAUGUUAUCGGAGUGUAGCUACAAGUAUAGAAGAGAAGAGAGGCAUUGAGAUCGAAGAAGAAGCGAGAAAGAAAGGAAUCACUCUGGAUUGAAUUUUGAAGACGACUCUUCUUUGUGUUUUCCCCUUUAUAUACUAAGAAGAGGGAACAUAGUAAAUGGGGAUUUUUGGAAAAAAAAAAUAUAUUUGGGAAUAGAGUUUUUGAAAAAAGUGAAGUGAAUUACCAAUUGUACCUUUUAACCUGUCUGUCUUCUGAUUCUGUUUAGAUUAAACUUUCUUUAUAUAAAAUCUGUGUUGGAGGAAUUUUAAAGUUUUUAAAAUGUGAUAUAAAUUUUAUAAUUAAUCUAAAUAUUUGGUUUAAGUAGUUAA